AGAAAUAUUUGAAAAUACUUUUGAAGAAGGGGAGAAAAGGAAUAUUUUUCUCAGGAUGCGGCUUUAUUUUGCCUGCAGCAUGUUCCUCAUCUGGACUCUAGCCACACUUGCUCCUGUUAUUGCGCAGGAUGGCGGGCACUGCGUGUGGUAUGGUCAGUGUGGGCAGAACCCCGCGACAUCCCUGCCCUCCAACUGCCCCUACUCGGGCCCCCCCAAGCCCCUGCCCCCCGAGAUGACCCCCGUCCUGGCCGCCGUCUGUCCUGAGCUCGUCCACGAAAUUGGAGUUCAUAACGGGAGCGUAUCGACAUGCUGCUCUAGGGAGCAGGUGCUGUCCCUGCAGACGCAGACUGCAGCGGGCGUGGCUCUCCUGCAGCGCUGUCCUGCCUGCCUCAGGAACUUUAAGCUCGCCUACUGCUACCUCACUUGUGCCCCUGACCACAGCAACUACAUGAGUGUUGGUACCACCGCCACCGCCCCCGACACUAACAAGACCGUUAUCACCGAACUUGACUUCUCGAUGUCCGAGUCCUUCGCUGAUGGCGUGUUCGACUCCUGUAAGGACGUGUCCAUGCCGUCCACCAACGAGAAGGUCAUGUCCAUCAUGUGUGGUCCAUGGGGGUCAUAUUACUGCACCCCACAAAGAUGGUUCGAGUUCAUGGGGUCCACAAGUAACGGCGUCGCCCCCUUCACCAUCAAGUAUAAUUUCGUUAAUGGGACCCAAGACAACAGCUUCUCCAGGCCCAUCGUGCCGUGUGACCAGAAGCCUUCCAACGGGUCUCGGGAGUGCAGCUGCAUGGACUGCCAGAGGGCGUGUCCUGUGCCCCCAGAACCUCCCUCUGAGGGCUUCAGUCUCCUGCAGAGGGAGAUCAUCUACGGCGCCCUCGGUCUGUCCGUCGUCCUCGUCUGGUCCAUUGUCCUCCUCUGCAACAUCUUCGAGAAAGUUCCGUCAGGCGAGCUGUACGUGCACUGUAGGUGUCCAGGCAGACUCGGCCACAGGAUAUCAGACGGCAUCCGCCUGUUCUUUGUCAAGUGGGGAACCGGUGUAGGCCGUCACCCCUGGAAGGUGAUAGCAGCCAGCGUGCUGGUAGCCCUGGGUCUGUCAUGUGGAGUACGGCAGUUGGUCGUGACAACAGACCCCGUGGAGCUGUGGGCUGCUCCAACCUCCAGGUCACGCUUGGAGAAACAAUAUUUCGAUGAACACUUCGAACCUUUCUACAGAACUGAGAUGAUUAUCAUCCGUCCCGUGGGACUAGACCCAGUUGAGCAGCUAACACCUGACGGAGUGAAGGUCUGGGGCCCGGUGUUCAACAAGGAGUUCCUGAAGGCGGUCGCUGACAUCCAAAACUACAUUGAAAAUGAAAUACUAGGCGACAAUGGUACAAGUCUCUCGGACAUCUGCUUCAAGCCGCUGGCCCCUGUCAACGAGAACUGCACCAUCCAGUCUGUGCUGAACUACUUCCAGAACAACCCCAGCAACCUGGACAUCGAGGAUGUUGAUGCGUUAGGUUAUAACGUCACUUACCUCAACCAUCUCGACGCCUGCUUCAGGAACCCAGUGAACCCUGAGGAGAGCUCCGUGGGGCUGCCCUGCCUGGGGACGUACGGGGGGCCUGUGUUCCCCUACACCUCCCUGGGGGGCUUCCUGGCCAACCAGUCCACUGAUUUAGGCGUUAACCCCGCGUACCACAACGCUACAGCGCUGGUCAUCACCUUCGUCGUCAACAAUCACCUCAACAAGAGCGAUAACGCUCAGGCGCUCGACUGGGAGAAAGCGUUCCUUGCGUAUGUGCGUAACGUGACCCACCCGCUGGUGAGCAUCUCCUUCUCAGCUGAGCGCUCCAUCCAGGACGAGCUGGAGAGGGAGAGUCAGGGAGACGUGCUCACUGUGCUCGUCUCAUAUGUGCUCAUGUUCACUUACAUCGUCUUCAGUAUCGGACACGUGAGCGGGUGCUCACGGCUGCCAGUGGACAGCAAGGUGACGCUGGGGCUGUGUGGGGUGCUCAUUGUGCUCACCUCUGUCACCGCCUCCGUCGGGGUCUAUGCGCUCAUUGGGGUGCCUGCUACGCUCAUUAUUAUUGAGGUGAUCCCGUUCCUAGUUCUGGCUGUAGGAGUGGACAACAUGUUCCUGCUGGUGAGCGGACUCCAGCGGGCCGAGAAGCUCCCCACCGAGACCGGACCUGAGCAGUUGGGGCGCGUCUUGGGGCAGGUCGCCCCCUCCCUCCUCAUCUCUACAGGGUCUGAAGCUGCCUGCUUCUUCCUGGGCGCCCUCUCGCCGAUGCCGGCAGUGCGGGCGUUCGCGCUGUACGCGGGGCUGGCGCUCACCGUGGACUUCCUGCUGCAGAUCACCUGCUUCCUGGCCGUGCUGUCCCUCGACCACGCACGGCAGGAGGAUAACCGCGUGGACGUGCUGUGCUGUGUGAAGAUGAAGGCCCCGGCCUCCCCUGGUAGGAAGGAAGGCCUGCUGGUGCGCUACAUGCGCGACUGUCAUGGCCCGCUGUUGGCCAAACGUCCCGUCAAGGCCUUCGUCAUCAUCGUCUUUGCCUUCUGGAGCCUCACGAGCAUGCCCUUCAUCAGCAGUGUCCAGGUUGGAUUAGACCAAGAGCUGUCGAUGCCACAAGACUCUUACUUGAUGGAAUACUUCCACGACCUCGGCACGUACCUGAGCGUAGGCCCUCCUGUGUACUUCGUACUCAAGCCUGGCCUGGACUUCAGCCAAAGUCUGGAGCAGCAGAACAAAGUCUGCGGCAGCGCUGACUGCGGCCGAGACUCACUAGUGAUGCAGCUCUACAUGGCCUCUCGUGUCGCCAACAGAAGCAGCAUAGCACGGCCUGCUUCGUCGUGGAUAGACGACUACAUGUCGUGGUCGGUGUUCAACAUGGGCGAGAAUGACGUGGACGUGCCGUGCUGCCGUAUACACGACGAUGGCUCCUUCUGCCCUUCGUCUGACGAUACGUCAGACUGCCAGAACUGUCUCAUUGAAAUCUCUGACGACGGUUUACGCCCAACACCGGACAGUUUCAACACAUACCUGCCAUUCUUCCUAGAGGACAUUCCCUCCGCGUCGUGCCCCAAGGCGGGGCAUGCGGCCUAUGGCAACGCCGUCAACGUCAUUCCUGCCACCAAUGCCACUCAACCCAGCGUGGGUGCGAGUUACUUCAUGACAUACCACACAAUUCUACGCACAUCACGCGACUACUACAAAGCUCUGGAACACGCACGAGAGAUCGCCGACAACAUCACCAAAGAAAUCAACCUCAACCGUCCUAUGAACUCUAGUACCGUAGAAGUGUUCCCGUACAGCGUGUUCUACGUCUACUACGAACAAUACCUCACAGUGUUCCAAGAAGCCGCGUCAUCAGUGUUCAUAUGUGUAGCUACAGUGUUCCUAGUCAUGCUAGUGUUCAGUGGGUUUGAUUUUUAUUCAUCGAUGAUAGUGGCAGUUGGAUUGAUUGUGUUGCUCAUCAACAUGGCGGGCUGCACGUACUGGUUCGGAGUGUCUCUCAACGCUGUGUCCCUCGUCAACAUUAUUAUGUCGGUGGGCAUCUUCGUGGAGUUCCUGAGUCAUCUCGUGUUCGCCUUCGCCCAGGUUGACCAUCCGGACCCCAACCACAGGAUGGUUGUAGCUCUGGCCGAGACCGGCUCUUCGGUUCUGUCUGGCAUUACACUCACAAAAAUCGUGGGCGUAAGUGUGCUGGCGUUCGCUCGGUCGCAGAUCUUCCAAGUGUUCUACUUCCGCAUGUACGUGUUCAUCAUCGCACUGGGGGCCGCACACGGGCUCGUCUGGAUGCCUGUGUUGCUCUCUAUACUCGGCAAACGUAUCCCAGCCAGCAGCCAGCAUGCGAACGCUCACGGCUUCGUACGCAUCAGCGAGAGCUUCUACAGUCCUGCUACUGUACACGAACAAGUCAACGCUAGUGCUGCUAGUUACCAACGCCCGGCUACUAGUGACACUAACAUCCGUACUAGUGACGCUGGUGUUAGUGCUAGUGACGCUGGUGCCCACACUAGUGACGCCGGUGUAGUUAAUGGUGACGCUGGUGUCCAUGCUAGUGACGCUGACGUUCCUGCUAGUGUUUACGAUGCUAGUGAGGCUAGUGUUCCCGCUGUCACUAGUGACAAAGUGCGUCUAGUUGGUGACCAGGAAAGCGAUGCUAUUGUGCGCGACCGUGGCGUCAAUUAUGGCACCAAUGCAGGAGUGGAUGACUUGCUCUGAAGUUAUUCUUAAAUUCAUAGUUAAUGUCAUGAAUAUAUGAAGAAUAUACGUAUAUACCUGAUUUCGAAUAUAUGUAUACUUGACAACUCAACAGUUUAUAUUUAACGUCAUGAAUAUAUGCCGUAUAUACGUAUACCUGAUGCCGAAUAUGUAGGUAUACCUGACGACCAAACAGAGUUAUCCGAUCAACUGCAACGCAUAAUCAAUGUUACAGCCUCAAUAGUGUAACCGCUCCGUAUGGAAAAUGCAAUAAAACGUUGUAAAAUUUUCCUAUGCUUGAUGAAUUUUAAUGAAUAAAGUUGUAUUUUAAAUUACCGGUAAGCCUACUGAUGUCAUUUGUUGGAUGUUGUGAUAAGCAAAACGUAUACGUCUGUUGUGUGUGCAUGGAUAUAUUCAAUACUAUACGUCUGUCGUGUGUAGGAAUAUACCUAUUCAAUAAUAUACGUCUGCUGUGUGUGUAUGGAUACAUUUACUAAGUUUCUGAACUGUGCGGUAGAACGGAUUUCUUCACCUUAUAUUGUGCAGCGAAUGCGUGGGUUUGUCUUGAAUAUCAUUUGUGACGUAUUUAGUUUUAGUUCUUUUAUUUGCAUUGCAAACGGUAAUAUUUAUUACCUAACCGAAGUGAGAGUAUAACCCUGCACCCUAUAUUACCUAUAUAAGUGCAAGACUCCAUUUAUCUCCUAAGCUCCAUCAGAAUCUCUAGAGGCUAGACGCCUCCUACUGGGCAUCUAUGAUAACUUUGUCGUUCGUGUUUCUUUUCAUUAUAUUGAACGAGUAUUUAUAUUAUAUUAGUUUACCUAUCCCUCCAUUUCGCAGUAUUCGAGAUCUGUUUCAGUUCCGUCAGUUCCUCUGUUGUCGAACCUGUCGCAUUCAUGUCAAAUAUUGUUCACUCGAUGCCGUCUGUAAAUAUUUUGUAACUUUCAUUCGUUGUUCAUCGUCAGCAUGUACCGUGCUGCAUGCUGACCGUCUCGGUACACGGUACAUCGUCAGCAUGUACCGUGCUGCGUGCUGACAACUCGGUACACGGUGCAUCGUCAGCAUGUACCGUGUUGGUUUCGGCAGCCUUGCUUAUCGGCCGUGAUCUUACAAUCGUUCAUGCUAAUAUGGAUUAGUUUAUUGAUAUAUUUUCUCUCUUAACUUGAGAAAAAUAUAUAUCACCUC